AUGGCCCUGGGAUUUCUUGGACUCAGCAUAGCCUGGAUGUACGCAACAAUUGGCUUCCUACAGGGACUUGGGAUUUCCUUUUCAUGGACACCAGCCAUUAGCAUUGUUAGCCAUUACUUCUCCAAGAAAAGAGCUUUGGCCAAUGCUAUUGCCAGUGCUGGAGAAUGUGCCUUUGCACUCACAUUUGGGCCAUUUUUCCAGUGGUUGAUUAGUCAAUAUGGAUGGAAAGGUGCCCUCUUGAUCAUAGGUGGCAUCCAACUCAAUAUUUGUGUCUGUGGAGUUCUGAUGCGACCCCUGGCAAGCAGCUGCCUCCCUGAAGCUAGCCAUUCUGGAACUGAGACACCACCUGGCAAUACUGCAUCUAGGAUAGACAAAGAAGCAAAGCCGCCCAUCACACACAAAACCUUCAACUGGAUGCUUGUGAGGCAACCAGAGUUUGUACUUUAUGCCAUUUUUGGCAUAUUAGCUGCUAUGAGUUUUUUUGUUCCUCCAUUAUUUUUAGUUCCACUUAGCUACAGUCUGGGAAUAGACGAAUCGUGGACUGCAUCCCUGCUAUCCAUCUUGGCUAUGGUGGACUUCGCAGGCAGACUGCUGUGUGGCUGGUAUGCCAGUCUCCAUGUUACCAAAACCGUUCAUUUGCUGGCAAUGACAAUUACACUGAUCAGUACUUCCCUGAUGCUCUUGCCACUGGCUAACAAUUACCUGUCCUUGGCAGUAUUCACUGGCUUCUAUGGAUUCUUCUUCGGUACAACAGUGGCUGUUCACAUUACGGUGCUAGCAGAUGUUGUAGGCAUGCCAGAUUUUGACAGUGCUCUAGGGCUUUUCAUGCUCAUUCGAAGCAGUGGAGGUUUUGUGGGGCCUCCUCUUGCUGGUAUGAUCGUGGAUGUGGCUGGAGAUUACAGAGCAGGCUUCUACAUGGCAGGAGCCACUCUUGUCCUGUCAGCUGGAUUUUUAGUUACUUUAGAUCAACUCCAACAGAGAAAAGAAAGAGGAAACAAAACUAAUAAUAAACCAGAAAAGCCAGUAUUACCCUACCCUUCCCUCCAUCUCCUGAAACUUCAAAACAGAAGGUAUCAAGAACAUGAUGCAGUGGUGUGA